AUGAAUGCUAUCUCUGAACGGCACCGGACCAUGUUGUUCUCCUGCCCUAGGUGGGAGCUAGACUGUAAUUUCUCUCUAACAGCGGUUCUCUCCCUUCCCUUCCUGCAGACAUGCCUGGAGUUGGAGCGAUACCUUCAGACUGAGCCGCGGAAGAUCUCUGAGACCUUUGGUGAGGAUUUGGACUGCUUCCUUCAUGCCUCCUCAUCCUCAGAUGCAGAGGACAAUAUCCGACGGCUGGACCCCAUCCUUUUACCUGUGGAGACGAGUACCUGUGACAAAAGCGCCAACAUGGACAUUAUCCUCUCACGGGACAAGCUGCUGUCUGAGACAUGCCUCAGCUUGCAGUCCACCAGCUCUUCCACAGAAGGCUACACAGCCGUCAACCAGGCGCAACUCAAUGCAGUAACCUCAUUAACGCCCCCUUCCUCUCCAGAGCUCAGCCGCCACCUCGUAAAAACCUCACAGACUCUCUCAGCAGUGGAUGGCACGGUGACGUUGAAAUUGGUGGCCAAGAAAACUUCACUCAGCUCUGUGAAAGUGGGUGUAGCAACAGCGACCACAGGGACGAUAAAAAGUGGGCAAAGUGACAGUGAACAAGGAGGUACAGGGGCAGAAGCAUCCCCGGAAAACAAGAAGAGGGUUCAUCGCUGUCAAUUUAAUGGGUGCCGGAAGGUUUAUACAAAGAGCUCCCACUUAAAGGCUCACCAGAGGACUCAUACAG